UCAGCUGUCAAACAGAAGAAUAUUCGGAGAGGUGUAAAAGAGGUGCAGAAGUUCAUCAACAAAGGAGAAAAGGGAAUCGUUGUGCUUGCUGGAGACACCCUUCCCAUUGAAGUAUAUUGCCAUGUUCCUGUCAUGUGUGAGGAUCGUGGAAUUCCAUAUGCAUACAUCCUUCCAAAUCUGGAUUUAGGUGCUGCAGCUGGCUCCAAGCGACCUACUUGUGUUAUAAUGGUUAAACCAAACAGUGAAUAUGAAGACUCAUAUAAUGACUGUAUGGAAGAAGUACAAGCAUUACCAUUGCCUUAUUGA